GCAUUCUCUUCUUCUCUUGCUUCUAUUCUUGCUUCUAUUCUUGCUUCUAUUCUUGCUUCUAUUCUUGCUUCUAUUCUUGCUUCUAUUCUUGCUUCUAUUCUUGCUUCUCCCCCUUAUACUAUUGCCGAGAGAGACCACUGCUUUGGGAAGGUUCAAGAUGGAAGGAGUAUCGGCGGCAGCAAGUGUCAUCGCAGUUAUCCAACUGGCCGGGAGUGUCUUGAAAAUAUGCGGUGGCUACCUCAGAGAGGUGAAGAACGCACGCGACGACAUCACCGCCUUGCAACAGACGGUCGAGGACCUUAGAACGAUUUCGCUGAGGAUGAGGGAACUUCUUGAAGAUACUCGCAGUACAGGGAUAGCCUCGUCAUUGUCGCUCAUCAAUAGCGUCUCUGGUUGUAUGUCGGAGCUCUCAACACUCGAAAAGGUAAUUGAUCCGGGGAAAGGGAAGGACCUUAUGAGAAGGUUUGGAAUCCGGGCAUUUAAGUGGCCCCUCCAUCGCUCAGAGGUGGACAAAAUCAUCCGGAAUCUAGAGAGAUUCAAAUCAUCCUUCGCCCUAUUACUCCAGGUUGAUCAAACUGCUCUUUUAACCGGAGUGGCUUCAAGUACGGCAAGUAUCCAUUGGAAUCUAAGCCUUGACAGAUUGCCCGUUGCCCCAGGGGCCGAGUUUGAUUCGUACAUGGAUCAACACGAGAUUGGAUGUCUUCCGGGCACCAGAACCCAGCUCCUUCGUCAGGUUAGACAGUGGGCCAGAUCACCGCAAGGGGAAUACAUAUUCUGGUUGAAUGGGAUGGCUGGAACGGGGAAGUCGACCAUCUCCCGGACGGUGGCACAAACCUUCAAAGAGGCACAUAUUUUAGGAGCCAGUUUCUUCUUUAAGAGGGGCGAAGGGGACAGAGGAAGUGCCCUUAAGCUUUUUCCGACAAUCACAAGACAGUUAGUGGCACGCGUGCCUCAGCUGAUCCCAAGUGUUCAGAAAGCCCUUGAAAACGAACCUGAUAUCACUGGGAAAUCACUACCGGAGCAAUUCGACAAACUACUUCUUCAACCAAUAAUGAGCUUAAGGCUAUCGGAUGAUCAGCCUCCGACCGUGGUGUUGGUAAUUGACGCACUGGAUGAGUGUGAGUGUGACGAGGAUAUCAGAAUGAUUCUUCAAUUGUUUCCACGAUUACGAAACUCCAAAGCCUUGCGCUUCCGAAUAUUUGUGACAAGUAGGCCGGAAAUAGGGAUUCGUCUAGGAUUUUCAAAGGUCGCAAUCGGGGAAUAUGAAGAUCUCGUUCUCCAUGACAUCCCCGAGCCAGAGGUAGCGCAUGACAUAUCCUUGUUCUUGGAACACAGACUUUCAGCAAUCCGGGCGGUCCACUCCCUUCCUGUCGAUUGGCCUGGGGAAACUGAUACCCAUAGUCUGGUGAAAUUAUCAGUUUCUCUGUUCAUCUUCGCCGCUACAGCGUGCCGCAUAUUGGAAGACCCUCGAUGGGACCCGGUUGAUGGUCUGGCUGAAAUCCUUGCUCGCCGUAAUGAUGGAUCUCGAUUCGAUAGAACGUAUCUUCCUGUGCUUAAUCGGCUUCUUAAAGGUCAGACUAAGCUGCAGGAAAGGCUGCUAGUUCGAGAAUUCCAAGAAGUCGUUGGUGCAGUUGCGCUGCUUGAAAGCCCACUAUCAGUUGUCGCGCUUUCCAAGUUGCUGGGCGCCACUGAAAGCCGUAUUGGCCGGAGGCUGAACUCACUACCGUCGGUUCUUAAUGUACCUAAUGACCGGGCCCAGCCGGUGCGGCUCUUUCACUUAUCGUUUCGGGACUUCCUUCUCGAUUUAGAGACACGAGGAAAGACUCCGUUCUGGAUCGAUGCGAAGGAAGUGCACCAGAAUUUGGCAACGCAAUGUCUCCGUGUGUGUGAAGGGUUACGAAAAAAUAUAUGCGAGCUAAAUGAUGGCACAGAACGUUCAGCAAUUGAUAGUCAGACUAUCGUCAAGUAUAUCCCUCCGGAAUUACAAUACUGCUGCCGUUAUUGGACACAUCAUCUGACGCAAAGCAAGGAUCCUGCUUCUGGAAAGGAUAGAGCCUUUCUGUUCCUUCGGAAGCACUUCCUGCAUUGGAUGGAGGCAAUGAGCAUUCUGGGUUACGCAAAUGAGGUUGUGCAGAGACUUACUUCAUUGCAAACACUUAUUGAUGAUGAUAACGAUACUGAAAUGUCCGAAUUUCUCCACGACGCCAAGAGGUUUGUACUUGCAAAUCGACAAAUAGCCGACAAAGUACCUCUCCAAAUCUAUUGCUCAGGGCUUCUAUUUGCCCCUGGACGGACGAUAUUUAGCAGAGAGUUCAAGAAGGAGCUACCAGAAUGGGCUUGCCAAUUAUCACAAGCUGAAGAAACCUGGUGUGCAACUUUGGAGGUUCUUGAGGGCCAUUCGGAUGAUGUGAACUCAGUGGCAUUCUCACCUGUCGGCCCGCUGCUAGCAUCCGGAUCUUAUAAUGGGACAGUCCUACUCUGGGACUCCGACACAGGUAAGCUGGUACACACUCUCAAGUGCCACUCUGAAGAGGUGAAGUCAGUGUCCUUCUCGCCUGACGGCCGAGUACUGGCGUCUGGCUCUGGUGGCAAGGUCCGACUCUGGGACUCCGUCACAGGCGAGCUGCUACAGACUCUCGAGUGCCACUGUGGCCAGGUGAAUUCAGUGUCCUUCUCACCUGACGGCCAAGUACUGGCAUCUGGCUCUAACGACAAGACAAUCCGACUUUGGGACUUGCGUACGGGCACUCUCCAGCAAACUCUCGAGGGCCAUACAAACUGGGUUACGUCAAUUGCCUUCUCUCCUGAUGGUCGGCUAUUAGCAUCUGGUUCCUUGGAUGAGACAGUCCAACUCUGGAAGACAGCUCCAUGCGCUCUGCAACUUAUUCUUAAGGGCCACUCCUACUCGGUUUCGUCGAUAGCAUUCUCACCUAAUGGCCGACUAGUCGCUUCCGCAUCUGGAGAUAUGACAGUUCGACUAUGGGACGUCGCCACCGGCACCGUACAGCUGUCUCUCAGGAGCUAUUCCGAUUCAGUAUCUUCGGUGGCGUUCUCGCCUGACGGCCGACUUCUAGCAUCUGGCCACCUUGGCCUCGUGCAUAAUCCAGUCCGAUUUUGGGACGUCAGCACAGGCACCCUGCUGCGAACUCUCAUAGGGCAUUCAGGAAUGGUCGAAUCAGUCGCGUUUUCGCCAGACGGCCGACUAUUGGCCUCCGGAUCUAUUGACAGUACAAUCCGACUCUGGGAUGCCGUCGUAAGCAUCUCGCAGCAGACCGGCGAAGAUAAUCCAUAUGUGGUCAAGUUGGCGGUAUUCUCGCCUGAUGGCCGGCUGCUAGCAUCUGCGUCCUCUGAUAAUAAAGUCCGAAUCUGGGAGACGGCCACUAGCCAUCUGCAGCUAACACUCGAGGGCCAUUCACAAGAAGUCAGUGCAAUAACAUUCUCAUCUGAUGGACGACUAGUGGCGUCCGGAUCUUUCGAUAAGUCGGUGCGACUCUGGGGCACUACGGUAGGCACCCUACUUCACAAUCUUAUUGGCCAUACAGAUUCAGUUGAGUCAGUGACCUUCUCGGCGGACGACCAGCUGCUGGCAUCACGAUCCGAAGAUAAUACAGUGAGACUGUGGAACACCACUAGCGGCACCCUGCAGCAGGUUCUCGUGGGCCAUUCAGGCUGGAUCAAGUCAGCAGCACUCACGCCAGGCGGCCAGCUGUUGGCCACUGGCAGCACUGACAAGAAAGUCCGACGUCGCGCAAUGCCAAUUGCAUUUUCAUCUGACCGCAGUCUACUGGCUGUCGGCGGCGUUGAUGAUUCUGUCCGCCUCCAGGUCACUGCCACAGGCAGAACGCAGCAGGUUCUUGAGGGACAUACAGGCGAGCUUUUGUCAGUGGUAUUUUCGCCGGACGGCCGGCUGCUUGCAUCUAGCUCCACUGAUAGGACAGUCCGAGUCUGGAAUACCGCCACUGGUUCCCUGCUGGGAACAAUACAUGCAUUGAUAGUUGGGUCACUCGCGUUCUCACCCGACGGACGACUGCUUGUAUCUAAACACCGAUAUUAUCCAGUCCGGUUCUGGGACGUCACGACGGGUGCACCACAGAAGGAUUCCAAGAGCAAUUCAAGUGGUUUUGGCUCAAUAACAUUCUCACCCGAUCGCCAGCUGCUGGCGCCGGGUUCCGGUACUCGGUUGCUCCGACUUCUGGACACGUCGACAGGUGACCUGCAGGAAUUCAGCGGCUCUUUAUACCCAGUUACGUCAGUAUCAUUCUCACCGGACGGCAGACUUCUCGCAUCUGGCUCCGCGGACAAGACUGUCCGAGUUUGGGACAUUAUCACUGGUACCCUGCAGUGGAGCUCCGAAGGCCAUUCGGAGAUAGUUGUAUCGGUGGCAUAUUCCCCAGAUGGCAGGCUACUGGCGUCUGGAUCUAGAGAUGGGACAAUAUUAGUUUGGGACACAGCCAAGAGCACUCUGCGGCAUACCUUGACGGCAGCGGGGUCAGUCGCUCACCUUGAUUUUGGUGAAGACAGUUCUACCCUACGAACUCGCCAGCAAUCUUUCAACCUCCGGGCUCGUCACACCAAUUGUACACCAAAUAGCCUUCCAGUUACUUUAAACAUAUCUCCACAAAGUCAGUGGAUCAUGUUGAACGGUGCAAAUUCGCUGUGGCUGCCUUAUGGGUAUCGCUGUGUGGCCAUCCAUGAACGUAUGCUUGCCCUACUCCACUCGUCCGGGCGAUUAUCCUUUAUUCUGGUUCGCGAAUAGGGGAUAUCAAUGAAAGCUUGUCGGUCCUUCUUUCUUGUUCCCUUUUCCAUUCCCACGUUUGUAGCAUGUGCGUCAAAAUGGUUCACUGGUGAUGAAGGGGUAGAUUGCAAAUAGAAUCGGACCAAUCGGGAC